AUGGUUGCACUUAUGGAGAAUCAGAAUCGGAGAAACCCUAAUUCGAAUUCUGGCCUUGAUCGAGAGGAAACUGAAGCGGAGUCGGAAAGGGAGAAUUUUUUCGCUGAUGUUCCACGAAGACAACAAAGGGGCCCAAUCGAGGAAGACAGGCAGCGAUGGGAGACGGGCAUUCGGACCGAUAUUCCCGAAUUCCAAGGGGGUUUGCAGCCAGAAGAGUUUCUAAAUUGGCUGGCAACGGUAGAAGAGGUUUUGGAGUUCAAGGGGGUACCUGAGACCAAGCGGGUACAGCUUGUAGCGACUCGGUUGCGUGGUAGGGCGUCGGCGUGGUGGCAGAAGGUGAAGCUUACCCGUAGUAGGAUGGGCAAACCGAAGAUCACGUCAUGGGAAAAGAUGAAGAAAAAGAUGAGGGCUACCUUUUUGUCCUAUAAUUUUCAGAGGAUCAUGUACCAACGCUUGCAGAACUUGAGGCAGGGCAGUAGGUCGGUGGAUGAUUACACCAAUGAGUUCUACCAGUUGGUUGCUCGUAACGAGCUUCAGGAAACCGAGGAUCAGCUGGUGGCGAGAUAUAUUGGCGGGCUGAGAGUGCAGCUACAGGACACGGUUAAUUUGUUCGACCUUGUUAACGUGUCUUCCGCCCAUCAGAGGGCCCUGAUUAUUGAAAGACAGCAGAAGCGAGUGAGCAGCGGGGCAUUCGGUGGAGGUGUUGCCGUUGCAGGAACUGAUGAGGCCGUCCGAGCUGGCGAAAAGGGGAAAAGGGCGAUGUUUAUUAAAGAGGAAUUGUCUGAUGACGCAGUUUAUGUAGCUGGAGGCGAUGAAGAGGUUGCGUUUGACGAGGAGGAAGAAAUUGUGAUUGGAGAUAGAGUGCCCAAUCUGGUGGUGAGAAGGUCUUGUAUGACCCCGAGAGCUGCGGACGAAGACUGGCUGCGUAACAACAUCUUCCAGUCCACCUGUACCAUCGGGAAUAAAGUCUGUCGUUUCAUGAUAGACUCGGGCAACUGCGAGAACGUCGUAUCUGCUGAGGCCGUGCAGAAGUUGAGCCUGCAAAGUGAGCCACAUCCCAAACCGUAUAAGCUGGCAUGGCUGAAGAAAGGAGGUGAAGUGAGUGUGUUGAAGCGCGCAUUGGUUACUUUCUCUAUUGGCCCUCGGUAUAGGGACUCUGUGUGGUAUGAUGUUGUCAUGAUGGACGCGUGUCACUUGUUGUUGGGAAGGCCCUGGCAGUUUGAUAGGAGCGUGAGCCAUGAUGGACGGACCAAUAAAUACAGCUUCACGUAUAAGGGAUUAAAGAUUGUGCUGGAGGAGUUGCAUGAUGCAGAGUAUAUGUUUGCUCUCGUGGGCAGGGAGGUUGUGGAGGAGGGUCUUACGUCUUGUGAGUCCUUACCGAUCUUGAAAGAAUUUCAGGAUGUCUUUCCUGAGGAGCUGCUUUGCGGGACAUCCAGCACCAUAUCGACUUGCAGCCUGGUGCGGCCCUUCCGAAUAGACCACACUACAGGAUGA